CUUACACCUCCUCCUCAUUCACAGAACGUACUCUGCGAACAGUUCGCCACUUGUUGAAUCGUUUUAGAUCUUUCGUCGUUUCGACCAUGGCGCUAUUCACCGUGCUUACCACUGCAGGCGUCUUGCUAUGCACUUCUUUCGCAUAUCUUGUCCGCACCGUCUACAAUCACCGAAAGAAGAUCAAUGACCUUCGGAAGAAAGGCGUGCCCAUGCCGAAGGAAUGGAGCUGGGUGACGGGCCACCUACUUGUGUUGCAGAAAUAUGUUGACCGAAUCCCCCCGGACGCAGCCGUAGGGUUUGCCAUGAGGGACCUUUCCCAGGAAUAUGCCGACACAGAGUUGUUUCUUAUGGAUUUCUGGCCAGUUUACCCUGCUCUAUACACAGUAUUCGGCCCCCAGAUCAUCGACACAAUCUGUAACAAGUAUAACCUCCCAAAAACACCCACCGCGGCUGCCACGAUGAAGCCAGUCACUGGGGGUCCCAGCCUCAUCUCGAUGAACGAUGAAAAAUGGAAGUACUGGAGAUCGUUAUUCAACCCUGGCUUUAGUACUGGAGCUAUGUUAAAUAACGUCCCUCAUAUUAUUGACUCGGUACUGGUAUUCCGCGAGAAACUGGUUGAGAAUAUUGGCAAGGGAAGGUUCUCACUGGAUGAGUUCACGACGAAGCUUACUAUGGAGGUCAUCCUUAAAGUUACCCUGGACGAUGCGUCGAACUACCAACGAGCACCACACAUCCUUCCCACCGCACUGGGCCGGAUACUGCGCUGGCAUUCGUUCUGGGACCCUCGAAUACUGAUUCACCCCUUCCGUCCAUUCGUCCAGAAGUACAAUGGGUAUGUGAUAGAUACGUACAUACGCAAAGAGCUGGAAAAGCGACAUCUAGAGAUCAGAGAAUCGAGAGCCUCAGACGUCUUGACUACACAGCCAAGGGCUAUGAAAUCAGUCAUCUCUCUUGCACUCGAAGCAUACCUGGACGAAGGGAAAGAGACCCUGGACGAGGAGUUCACAAAGUUUGCCGCAUCUCAAAUCCGGCUUUUCCUGUUUGCCGGGACUGACACCACCGCGUCAAUGCUGGUUUACGUCUAUCAUAUGCUAGCGAAGCACCCUAACUAGCUCAACCAACUCAAAGGGGAGCACAACCAAAUUUUCGGGACAAACCCGGCCAAUGCUGCCAGCCUCCUUCGAAAUACACCAAGUCUCUUAAAUAAUUGCAAGUUGACACUGGC